UUGAUCAGGAAGUGACGCUGUUCAGUCGCGUGUGCUGCUGAACUGAAGCUUGUACAGUGUUAUUGGUGUUGUAAAGUUGUGAAGUAUGGAGUCAGUGUCAGGCGGCAGCACGACAGCAAAAGGUGAACAGGUGAAUAAUCUGAGGAUCUGCAGGGCAGAAUACAGGAGCAUCAGCAGGUUUGUGGAGCAGCUGCGUCCCACACGGCAGUGCAUGAAGACCCUGCAGACGCACUUCACACAUCUCCCCGCGUCCACUCUGCUGAGCAUCUUCUCCCAGGAGUACCAGAAGAGAAUGAAGCGCAGUAUGGCCAGACAUCACUCUCCUGAGGUGCUCAAAGCGUAUUAUCAGAGGUAUCGAGAAGAAGCUGAGACCAGAGCCACAGACCCAUUGCUGCUGGAGCUCGCUAACCAGGUGGAUCUAUCUCCAGCUCUUUUGGCUCGUCUGAUGCUGGAGUGUUUCCUGGAGGAGCACAACGCUUCAGUCCGUGAGUACAACACUUACUGA